GCCUUCAAGUUGUACGGCAUGUUCUAAUUGGUCGACGUCGGACUCGGAAGCGUAUUCGUUCUUCCGUUUUUCGUCUACGAAGGCACCUAUAAUAACGAAGAAACGACGGGAAACGACUAUCUUCCUUGUAUUGGCCUGUCUAGAGGGGAGACUAAAUAAUUCACACUCUGACGCAUCUCACUGGUUCCAGAGCUUGCCUGCUGGCUUCGGUCCAUCACUUCCUAUGUCAGGUUAUCUACCUAGUGACCUGAAGCUAUGGCCGCCAUCACAUAUCAUGUUCGUGAAUGGCCUUCGGGCAGCGUGGAUCGUCGUCGUCAUUUGGUAUGAGGUUUGCACAUUCGACUAUGUCUUGGAUACUUGUCAGUGGCCCGAUAUCCACCAGCCUGACACGCCAAACUCCCGUAUUGCACGCGUAUUAGUGGUAGCAGACCCUCAAAUCAUCGACCACCGCUCGUAUCCCACACGUGGCUUCUUGACGAAAGCCUCGGGCCAGUUCUUCAUCGAUCUCAACCUCCGGAGGAGCUGGCACUCGACGAUAAAUAGAGUGAAACCUCAUGCCGUUGUUUUCUUGGGCGACCUAAUGGAUAACGGCCGCGCGACCAUGUCGAAUAGCGAGUACAAUGCAUAUGCCGCGCGAUUUUUCGACAUCUUCAAGUUAAAGGAUUUGGCCAUGCCGACAUUUUUUCUUCCCGGGAAUCAUGACCUAGGACUUGGAGAAGACGUUUCCUUUUCUCUUGAAGCUCCAACGAGGUUCACCUCUCACUUUGGACCAUGGAAUCACAAGACUACGAUUGGAAACCAUACUGUCAUGUUCAUCGACGCAGUCGCCUUGGUCGAAGAAGAUGUUGUCCGCGCAGACCGAGGGUAUUCGUACGACAACUGGCCUGCAGUAGCAGGAGGAUCUGUCGACUUCGUGAAGCGGUAUGCUGCGCAUGAGCACGCCAGUCCAAUUGUACUCUUCACGCACAUCCCUCUUGCUCGGCCUCAUGGUACAGACUGCGGUCCGCUGCGAGAACGGGGCACCAUCCGCCAGGGACAAGGUUUUGGGUACCAGAACACCCUUUCUAAUGAAGCAUCGCAAUUUCUACUCCACUCGCUGCGACCAUCCCUUAUAUUCAGCGGGGACGAUCACGACUACUGUGAAUAUUCACACCCCUUGCCCUUUUCAUCCGCUUCUGGGUCGACCACAGUGCGAGAAAUCACAGUGAAGUCAUUUUCAAUGGCAAUGGGAAUACGCCGACCAGGAUUCCAACUUCUCUCGUUGAUUUCAACAGUCCCUGCAUUAGAGACCCUGACACAAUUGCCAAAUUCACCGCCUUCGCUUCUAGAUACACCUUGUUUCCUCCCGGACCAGCUCGGUAUCUAUCUCAAUGUCUACCUCCCUUUCAUUUUGCUCUCGGUGCUUGGCCUCCUUGCGUUUAAUGUUCAUCGAACUCUCGCCGGGGGCAACAAACAGGCGCAGCGCCGGCCCGAAGUCUAUCCUCGGCCCAGCCAUCCGGAACACAGCUCCAGUCGUGCAAACAGCGAUUAUGAAUUAUAUCGACGUUCGCUCGGGCAAACCAAUACGGAAGAUACCGACGAGGAUCCAAUCCUACCUCUCCCUGUGACUAAACUUACAGGGUCGGCGCACUCUAGCAAACUCCGCGGCAGAUCCUCGUCUUCUUCCCAUUCAUGGCCCUUCUAUUUUCUAGGGCGGCGAAGACGCAUAUCGCUGUCCCUGCCGUGUUCAAGUGCGAACCGCGGAGUGCACGAGGUGGGGCUCCUUCAUGGCUUUUUCAGUGAUGUGGUGGAUGUGGCGUGGCCUCCUCUUCUGGCGUUUUGCGUCGCGGCAUGGUGUGCAACGCACGUAUGAGGUGGGAUGGGAUGAUACUCGUUGCCGGAUGACCAUCCUGAUAGAGGAUCACGAAGCUUGGUGUGUACAACUGAUUUGACUACCAUUAUGCUUUCGAAUUAUAGUCGGACUAAUUUCACAAUGCCAAUAUUCAAAGGCAAACUUUACUCUGCAAAUGCAAAUGACACCGUAAUCUCCGAAUUG